CCGAACCCGCACAUCAAGACACAUUCACCGUUAUACAGGUAUCCCCCAACGUUACUACCGUGGCGAAAAGUUAAUUUAGUUGUUUAUGCUGGGAUUUUAAGGGAACGUACGUGGACUUGGUAGGGUCUAAAAGGUAAAAAUGAGAGGGAGGAUGAUUAAGACGCAGGAUGUCGUGGGGUUCGAGUCGAGCUGGACGUACUGGACGCUGUUUUUUCUCUGCGCUCUCGUGCCGCUCCCAGUGCGCGCAGAUAUCACUUGCGCCUCGUGCUUCGCACCAAUACGUCGGGCAGCUUUUGUCAGCCGUGAUUUUGGAAGUGCACCGGACGGCAGUACUGAUAGAAACUGGAAAUUGAGACUUGAUGGAGCUCAACUUUCCCACGAAGCGCAAAAAAAAUCUCCUUUCGUGUCUUGGAGAGAGAAACUGCAGAACGCGCACAUAUCCAAAGCGGAACGGACGAGCCCAGCUGAAGAAAAAGACGGAAAAGUUUAUCCAACAUGGUCUCCAAAGGAAACCAAAGUGAACAGGAGAGAAAAGCGCAGUCUGUUUCCGUCUGACAGCGCGGCCGGUUCUCGGUUCGAGUUCAGGCGUACUGGAGGAGUUGACGGUACCGGGAAGAGCCCGAGGCAGAAUGAGCCACACCUGAUCACGUCCACCUUUGCGCUGUCCGCAGAUUCGGCUCAUAAUCAGGCCAUGGUGCUGUGGUGCGGACACAACAGCAGCGUGAUCCUGAUUUUGACAAAACUGUUCGACUUUAACCUGGGAACUGUGACGGAGAGUUCGCUCUGGAGGUCAGUAGAUUUUGGGACAACAUAUGAGAAGCUGAUGGAUAAAGUGAUGAUCAGAACAAUGCUGAGCUAUCUGUACGUCUUUCCGACCAAUAAGAGGAAGAUCCUGAUUUUAUCUGAUCCGGAGGUGGAAAGUAGUUUACUUAUCAGUUCUGAUGAAGGAGCCACUUUUCAAAAGUUCAAUAUUAACUUCUAUAUCAUGAGUCUUCUGUUUCACCCUACUCAGGAGAAUUGGAUUCUGGCCUAUAGCCAUGAUCAGAGGCUUUAUAGCUCAUUGGACUUCGGUAAAAAGUGGAUUCUUGUUCAUGAGAGAGUAACUCCGGGGCGAUUCUACUGGGCACUGAGUGGUCUAGAUAAAGAGGCAGACCUGGUACACAUCGAGGCUCGAACUGACAGUGGACAAAUGCAGUACAUUACGUGCCGAGCACAAAAGUGUUCAGAGGAGGGUAGGCAGUAUCCAUUCAGUGGCCGAAUUGACACCAACUCACUCGUAGUGCAGGACCAAUACAUCUUCUUACAGUUAACCACAGCAGGAAGAACUACGUACUUUGUGUCCUAUCAGCGAGGGCCCUUCAGGACCAUACAGCUCCCUAAAUACUGUCUACCCAAAGACAUGCACAUUGUCAGUACAGAUGAGGGGCAAGUGCUGGCAGCAGUGCAGGAGUGGAACGAAAAUGACACCUACAGUCUGUACAUCUCUGACACACCUGGAGUUUACUUCACCCGCUCACUCCCAAACCUCCAUACCUUCCGCAGUCUUGCAGGAAACCUCAUUGUGGAUGUCUACAAGGUGGCGGGUGUUAGUGGACUGAUCAUAGCCAAUAAGAAAGAAGAUGCACAGAUGAGAACGUAUAUCACCUACAACAAAGGCCAGACAUGGAGCUUACUACAGCCUCCAGCGAAAGACACCACAGGACAUGACAUCAACUGCAACCUGCCCUCGUGCUCCUUGCACCUUCUCCUGCAGAUGUCUGAAAACCCCUACACACCUGACACUAUCUCCACCAAACACUCCGCUCCAGGGAUUAUAGUGGCCACAGGUAACAUUGGGCCCGAGCUUUCCUUCUCUAAUACGGGAAUGUUCAUCUCCUCUGAUGCCGGAAACACAUGGAGACAGAUUUUUGAGGAGGAGCACAGUGUCUGGUUUUUGGACCAUGGAGGGGCUUUAUUAGCUGUUACACAAUCUGUUGUACCAACACGCCAUUUAUGGAUUAGUUUGGAUGAAGGCCGGCAGUGGGACAAGCUCAGCUUUUCGUCUACACCCCUAUUUGUUGAUGGGGUUAUGAUGACUCCAGAGACUGAGAAUCACAUCAUUACAUUCUUCGGGCACUUUAAUUACCACUCCGACUGGCAGCUGAUAAAGAUUGACUACAGCUCCCUGUUUGGGCGGAAAUGCACAGACGGAGACUUUCAGACAUGGCACCUGCAUAACAAGGGUGAGGUGUGUGUGAUGGGAGAGAGACAGGUGUAUAUGAAGAGGAAGCCUGGCACACGUUGCACUCUGGGUCAGGAAUAUUCUCGAGUUGUUUCAGCUGAGCCCUGCAUCUGCACCCUCUAUGACUUUGAGUGUGAUUAUGGGUUUGAGAGACAGGCCAGUGGAAAAUGUGCACCUGCAUUCUGGUAUGAUGUCAAUUUACCAGCACACACCUGCAGCCAUGGACAGCGCUACCGCAACAGCACAGGGUACAGGCAAGUGCUGUUGAAUAACUGUAGAGAGGGUCUGAAGGAUACACUAAGUCCCAAAAUGCAACAGUGUAAACCCAUAGCACCCAGUGGCCUACAGCUGAGCACCAUCAACUCCCAGCUCACUGCUGUACUGGGAACCAACAUCACCUUCAGAGUAGCAUUGCAAAAUGUGAAUAUCACGUCCGAUGUGUCAUGUUUAGGUCCCGUGGAGCGUAUCUUUCUUUCGGCACCGGUGGUCGUCAUCAGAGGAAACGAGGCCAACUUGACAGCAGUGCUGUGGCCCAGUCAGCCCAGGACCGCUACUUUCUACUGGUGGUUCAGUAACAGGACAGAGCCGCUGAUCACACUGGAAGGAAGUAUUUCACACACAUACACACGAGAGGGACCGAACUCUGUCACAGUACAGGUGUCAGCAGGAGGCACAGUCCUACAGGACGUGAAAAUCAUCACUGUCAAAGAUUUCUUCCGUUCUUUACUGCUGUCGUUCUCUCCUAACCUGGAAGAGCACAACCCAUCCAUUGCCGAAUGGAGACAGGACGUGGGGCGCGUUGUCAGGGCAACACUCUCUCAGGUUUGUGGCUUCCCUGAGGACCAGCUGUUGGUCUCUGUGUUUCCUGGAUCUCCAACUGCCGCUGAGCUCUUUAUCCUACCCGAGACAAACCAGUCAGCAUUCAGAUCAUACACAGAGGAACAGCUUGAUAAGAUGUCGGAGGUCUUCAUGAACGCUUUAAAUCAGAACCUGAUCCAGUUUGAUCUGAAGCCUGACACGCGGGUCACAGUGUCUGUGUCUCAGCUCACACUGGCACCUCUGGUGGACUCCAGUGUUCUCCCCAGUGGCUCUGCCAUGCUGUUACUGGUUUCUCUGGGUCUGGUGGGAUUGGCCAUUGUCUUCAUCUACAAGUUCAAACGUAAAAUCCCAUGGAUCCAUGUGGAGACAGAGGACACCCAUGAGAAGGAGCCCGAGAUGAUCAGUGCUGUCGGACAGGAGAAGAACGGCACGCGUACAACAGCCACUUCAUUCACAACAUGCAACGCACACACAACACAAACACCAUUUCCCUCCAACACCAGAACACACAACAGCUUCAGCCAUCUGCCACCUCCAAGAGAACUGAUAGAGAAGGAGCUGGAGGCUCACAACACAGGUUAG